AUGACCAAGACUGUAUACCAGCCCGGAGACCUCCGCGUCGACGCCAAGCGCAUCAACGCCACGCUCCACGAGACUUGCGAGAUCGGUGCUGCCCACCGCUGGGGACCUGGGGAGAUUGAGACUGGCAUGUGCCGCCUUGCGCUGUCCGACGAGGACAAGGAGGUGCGCGACUGGUUCACAGCCGAGCUCAAGCGCCUGGGCUGCAACGUUGUCGUCGACGCCAUGGGCAACAUGUUUGGCAUCCGCCCUGGCAAGAAGGAGGGUGCUCCCACCGCGAUGGGCUCGCACCUCGACACGCAGCCCACUGGCGGGCGCUACGACGGCAUCCUCGGCGUGAUGGCCGCCAUCGAGGUUCUCCGCGUCCUCAAGGACAACAACAUCGAGACUGAGUACCCCGUCGCCGCUGUGACCUGGACCAACGAGGAGGGCGCCCGCUUCCCUACUUCCAUGUUCGGCUCGGGUGUUUGGGCCGACGUGCUUCCUCUCGAGCAGAGCUACGCGCUCGCUGACAUCCACAACCCCAAGGCGACCGUCAAGUCCGAGCUCGAGCGUAUCGGCUACCUCGGCGACGCUCCAUGCUCGUACAAGGACACGGAGCUCGGCGCGCACUUUGAGCUGCACAUUGAGCAGGGCCCGAUUCUCGAGCGCGAGGAGAAGAAGGUCGGUGUUGUCAUCGGCGGCCAGGGCUACCGGUGGUUCGACGUGGUUGUCCAGGGCCGCGACUCGCACGCCGGAACCACCCCGCUUCAGAUGCGCUCGGACGCCAUGCUCGUCGCUGCUCGCAUCAUUGCGGCCGCCAACGACGUUGCGGUCAAGCACGACGGCCUCGCCACCACGGGUAUCAUCUCGCUCGAGCCUGGGUCGAUCAACACUGUCGCCAAGACUGUCAACUUCUCCAUGGACAUCCGCCACAUGAACGACGACAAGCUCGAGGAGAUGGACAAGGACCUGCGCGCCCGUGCGGACGAGAUCUGCCGUGGUGCCGCUCGUGGCUGCACCGUCGAGUGGAACAAGCUGUCCGCGUUCCCCGUCACAAAGUUCCACGAGUCGUGCGUCGACGCUAUCCGCGCUGCCGCCGAGUUCUCCGUCGGCAAGGACCUUGUGCGGGACAUCUACAGCGGGGCUGGGCACGACUCGUGCCAGACUGCCCUCCACUGCCCCACCGGCAUGAUCUUUGUGCCGUGCAAGGACGGCCUGUCCCACAACCCUGAGGAGUGGUGCACGGCCGAGGACUGCGCCCUCGGCACUCAGGUGCUCCUCGACGCCGUCAUGGCCUACGACGCUCAGCGCCAGUCCUAG